AUGAAUGUUAUAUUAGAGAAAGCAUUUGCCAAAGCUAUACUAAUCCAAACUUCACUUGCUCCCCGUGAAGAGGUAGCCACUAGAUGGAACAAUUACAAAGCAGAAGCUACAAAUGAUCCAGAGAAAGCAUUUGUACUUGCCGUAGGAGAACCUUUCUGGUGGAUGUACUUUCGUGAGUCGAAAGCUAAAAAUGCUAAGAUUUUCAUUAAAGUCAUAAAGAGAUAUUAUGAGCAAUGGUGUGAUGAUAAAUUGGGAUUUCAGAUUCCAGUUGUAGAGACUAUAAAUGAUGAACUUUCAGUCUAUGAUAAGGUGGGAAUUGAGAACAAACCAAUGGAUAUUAAGACAACUAGAAAGUACUGGAAACGGAUUGUUACACAAAACGAGUUGGAUACCGAACGUCCUCGUCUAUUCAAUCCGAGCAAGAGAAGAAGACUUAAAAGAACAAGAUCAUCGGUGCAGACAUGCACCUAUUUGGUGUAUCCAUUUGGCAUUCAAAUUAUGAAACUAGCUUUCUAA